UUUUUUUUUUUUUUUAAAGUUCCUGGCAAGAAGAGUGAAGAGACCGGGGCAAACCAAGAGAAAGGGGCCAAGGUUGAGCACAGAAGAUAAAUAUUUAUACAAUAUUCAUUCCGGAGGGACUCGCUUUGAACUGAAAACAAGGUUCGGGGACAUUUUAUGUUUAGCAGCUAAGGUCUGCUAACUAAUGCUGUUCUUCCCACUUGGUCUGCGCGACACGGAAAACCAAGGUCUUCGCUGCCCGAGAACGUCGGAAAAUAAAGAAAAUGGCGGAGCCGGACAAAUUAAACAUCGACUCUAUAAUUCAGCGUCUCUUGGAAGUUAAGGGCUCUCGUCCAGGGAAGAAUGUCCAGCUGACAGAGAGUGAGAUCCGUGGCCUUUGCCUCAAGUCUCGUGAAAUCUUCCUGAGCCAGCCAAUCCUGCUUGAACUAGAAGCUCCCCUCAAAGUCUGUGGUGAUGUCCAUGGUCAGUACUAUGAUCUGCUCCGGCUGUUUGAAUAUGGAGGCUUUCCUCCAGAAAGCAACUACCUGUUCCUGGGUGACUAUGUAGACAGAGGGAAGCAGUCACUGGAGACUAUCUGCCUGCUUCUAGCCUACAAGAUCAAAUACCCAGAGAACUUCUUCCUCCUGCGUGGCAACCAUGAAUGCGCCUCUAUUAAUCGAAUCUACGGCUUUUAUGAUGAGUGUAAGCGACGGUAUAACAUUAAACUGUGGAAAACCUUCACAGACUGCUUCAACUGUUUACCUGUGGCUGCCAUUGUAGAUGAGAAAAUCUUCUGCUGUCAUGGAGGCCUCUCUCCUGAUCUUCAGUCGAUGGAGCAGAUCCGUAGAGUAAUGCGGCCCACAGAUGUGCCUGACCAGGGUUUGCUGUGUGACCUGCUGUGGGCUGAUCCAGACAAAGAUGUGCUGGGCUGGGGUGAAAAUGACCGUGGUGUCUCCUUCACAUUUGGGGCAGAUGUGGUGGCCAAAUUUUUGCACAAACAUGACAUGGACCUAAUAUGCAGGGCACAUCAGGUUGUAGAAGAUGGUUAUGAGUUUUUUGCAAAGAGGCAGCUCGUCACUCUGUUCUCAGCUCCCAACUACUGCGGGGAGUUUGACAACGCUGGUGCCAUGAUGAGUGUGGAUGAGACGCUCAUGUGCUCCUUCCAGAUUCUGAAGCCAGCAGAUAAGAAAUUAUAUCCUUAUGGUGGAGGGGGAGGAAUGGGAUCUGGGAGACCGGUCACCCCGCCACGAAAUUCAGCCAAGGCCACCAAGGCCAAGAAAUAACACCCAGUUGGACCCCCUCCAGUAACCUGCCACCCCCUGUUGGCCCAAUGCUCUUUUUUUCCUCUACCUCCCAAACUUGUUUCUCCCUCGUCACUAAAAGGCAACAAAGCAAACAAGUGUCCAGGGUUCGAUCAUGUUUUUCUCUCUAAAACAAUUUUUAACUGUUUGGCUGUUUGCGUGCAGUUAUUGUGUGUGUGAGUAAAAAGUGAGAAUGCUACAGAAUCAUUGUAUUCUGUGUGUUUCUUUUGUCUUCUCCUGUUCUGUUUUCCUUUUUAGAGAUGGGCUCUGGCCCAUUUGUGGUAUAAAUCCAGUCCUAGGCGCAGGGGAGUAGGGGGAGUCAUGACUGUUUAUGCUAAGGCCCUGCACUGUUUAAUGUUAAACAAGCUUUUGUACAUCCUGUUUCAGACGUCUGUGUUUGUCUGUGAGAUGGGUGGGAAGGGAGUGGGAUCAAAUCACACCGUCAAAUGGUAACGGCACAUACCACACACUGGGUGCACUGGUGUAUAUAUGUGUGUGCAGGUGAAUCCACAUACGUAUAUAAUGAAUAAUGAAAUUGAUUCACAAUGAGAACAUUUUUUUCUCUUCCCCUUUGAGAACCAAUGAUUUGAGAACUCGGUCAUUAAUGUGAAAUAGUUUUGCUUCUUUUUUUUAUGUAGAUACAUGAAACCGGCAUGGUUUGCUUUUUGUUUUGUUUUUUUCUUUUUGGCUUGUUUUUUGUUCACUGAAAGUUGAUAAAUAAAAGUAACCAUUUAUUUGAAUCAUGCCAUCAUGUUGAUCACUUUGUGUUUGCCAUUGCUUUGUCCUGUCUGUUAGCGACCUUUGCCACACAUAGUAGCUAAAUUUGUAGAAGCUGGAAAGUCUCAUUUGGCCCAGUUUACUUAUUGUUUCAACAAAGGGGCAUUUCACAUGUUGCUUCAGUGUGAUCUAGCCAAAGAUAAUGUUUAGUGGAGGUGUAGAACUGUAGGAGAGGACAGGCCAAAGCUGAUUUCAGAAGUACCAGUUUUUAAUCACAAAAAUCAGUUGUUGACUAGGGACAUCUUCACAAUGUCAAAUGUUUACUUUUUCAAACACAAAUGACUGUGGGUGGAGCAUUUGGUGAAUUUGAGCAGCAAUACUUGACAGGAGCAGGAGGUGAGGGGGUUUGGUCACUGAACUUAUGUUGCUCAGUGUACAAACAUUGAGGGAGAUACAGUAUGACAAUGCUCAGUAUGAUCAAAUACUGUAUGUUCACAAGUAAAUGGUGCAUUUAAUCUCCUUACUCAGAGCACAGUAUAUACAAGAUGCCUGCUUAGGAGAAAAGUGGCUUAAAGGGUUUCCACAUAUUUUGUUGUGAUCAAAGGUAAAACUAUGAAAGAGAGAUGAGAGAGUGAAUCACUGCUCUGACCUUUGCAGUUUGAAGUGCUGUAGUCAAGGCCACUUCAUUUCAGUCUGUGAGGGAAACACAGAGUGGCUUUACCUAAAUCUAAACCCAUGUCAUGCAAGUUAAACCCGGGUAAAGAGAGCAGUGUUUGAAUAGCACUAAGUAAUAAUUUUUUAUGUGGAAGUUCUCUAAACCUGAUGGGGAAUGUGAGUACUAUAAGACAAACCCAGUAAUCACAAUAAUGUACAGUAUAUCCCCAGUGAAUCUAGCUUAUAGUUUUACUUGCAACAUCAGGUAGGUUCCAGGUGAAUAGAUAGCAAUUCAGUAAAUCAUUGUGUAUGCAUCAUAGAUUGUGAUAUGUAAAUAUAAUGACACAGAAUAAGAAUCUUUUAUGACUUCAUGCCAUAAAUGGAUCACCGCCACUGUGUGUUAAGUUCAUUUGGCAUACAGGGUGUCCCCAGUGACAGCAGGCCAUAGUUCAGUACAGGCUGUUGCAACUGGUGAAAACAUACUUUUUUUCCUACAGUAUUUCAGGGUAACUCUCCGUCCAUUUCUGAUAACCCACACACAGCCUCCCCCAUUACAUAAUUAGUGUGUCUUUUUUUUAGUGCUCUGCCUUCUGUCCUCAUCCGUCAGCGCUCUGUCCAAGUAUGAGCAGAUGCAACCGUAGGUCUCUAGAUUGCAAACCUAGUACAUAUUGGUCAAGUUGUGUAUAGUGCUUAAGCAUGUACUUAAGCAGAGGAUGGGGAAGGUGGAAUUCAGCUGUCAUUCUGCCCCACCUUUUCUCCCUCCAUUUUCUCAACCAGAGGGUUCCCACUUAGCACCUCCAGAAAAUGUUUUUUUUAGUCAAUAUAAGUACAGCUUAUUUAGAAUCUUGCUAUGCUUUCUACUAAUUUGCAUAGACUGCAACUCAUAACUGCAUCAGGUAUUAGGGAAAGGUGGGCAGAAGAGAAAAAAAAUAUUGGACUUGUGAGCUCAUGUUCAAUCCAGUAAGAUCAACUCAGGAAGUGAACAUUUAAAUUAAAAAGUUCAAUGGUAUAAUUCAUAUACUAAGAAAAAUACUGUAUAUGCAUCAGCACAAUUAUUAUAGAAUAUGUAUAAGUCAGAUAACAUGCGGUUUGUGUUUAUAUUCUAAGGUGGAUAAUGAUAUGUUAGUUGAGCCCAGCUUUGGCAUGUUGGUGAGUCUGUGGCAGAACAUUGUUCAGAGUGAUAUGCUGCUUAAAGACACUUUAUUUAGAUGUGCAAAUGCUACUGAUUGACCUUUUUGUGGAUACAGUUAAAUAAAUGUAUGAUUUAGAAAGACAUCUGAACAUGUACAGACAUUUAUGAUAUUAAAGUCUAAUAGCAUGAGAAAAGUGAAUAUGAAGUUGCGGAGGUAAUCCCUAAUGGAGAGAGUCUUCAACAGUGGCUGCUGCAAUAGUUAACAUCAUGCUGAAAAACAUGGAACUUGUAGAUAUCUGUCAUCUGGUCCAACAAAGGCCACUUCCAUUCCCAUUUCCACAGCUGUACAAACACCUGCUUAAAGAUUUUUGUAACUGUUACUCUAUAUUUACUGUUAUUACCUCUAAGAAUCUGUUCUUUUUUGUUCAUAUUGUUUUUAUUGACAAAUUUAAUGCUAGAUACAUGCAAGCUUAUUAGUGCAGGAUUUUUUAAUCUAUCAGGGAUGUUCUGCACCGCACUGUUGUUGGGUAGAUAUGAAAUUGUUAGAUUAUUACAAUUAAGAAUAAAGACAUCAGAAUUUAACAGUAUUUUUUAUUUAUAUUACAUUUGUUUUCAAAGCAAUCACAAAUUGUCUCUGUACCAAG